AUGACCACCGCUACUACGAGAUCCGCGUAUAAAGACCAGGAAGUUGUAAAUAUCAAGGAAAUCUACCUCGGUACUCCUACCGACCCCAACACACUCUCCCCAACACAAAUCCCCCAACACAAACCUCCAACACAAUCCCUCAACACAAACCUCCAACACAACAUACUCUCCCCACCACAAUCCCCAACACAUUCUCCCCAACACAAUCCCUCAACACAAACCUCCAACACAAUCCCCAACACAAACCUCCAACACAAUCCCCCAGCACAAACCUCCAACACAAUCCCCAACAAAACCUCCAACACAAUCCCCCAACACAAACCUCCAACACAAUCCCCCAACACAAACCUCCAACACAAUCCCUCAACACAAACCUCCAACACAAUCCCCAACACAAACCUCCAACACAAUCCCCCAACACAAACCUCCAACACAAUCCCCCAACACAAACCUCCAACACAAUCCCCAACACAAACCUCCAACACAAUCCCUCAACACAAACCUCCAACACAAUCCCCAACACAAACCUCCAACACAAGUCCCCCAACACAAACCUCCAACAAAAUCCCCAACACAAACCUCCAACACAAUCCCCAACACAAACCUCCAACACAAUCCCCAACACAAACCUCCAACACAAUCCCUCAACACAAACCUCCAACACAAUCCCCCAACAUACUCUCCCCACCACAAUCCCCAACACAUUCUCCUCAACACAAACCUCCAACACAAUCCCCAACACAAACCUCUAACACAAUCUCCGAACACAAACCUCCAACACAAUCCCCAACACAAUCCCCAACACAAUCCCCAACACAAACCUCCAACACAAUCCCCAACACAAACCUCCAACACAAUCCCCCAACACAAACCUCCAACACAAUCCCCAACACAAUCCCCAACACAAUCCACAACACCCAAUCACCCAUACCAAGUACCUUUCAUCACGGACGUCCUUAA